ACAAAAAGUAGGCUUGUUAGGCAGUACCUGUCGAGUAUGAUUCGCGAGGAAUCAAUUCAUGGAUUCUACACAUACCUCGGUAUCAUACGGCAUCUGGAUCCCCGUUUUGCGAGGUAUGUACACAGACACUGGCUGCCUUUGAAGAAACUAUGGGCAGCAGCAUUCAACCGUAGUGUUUUGUCACUUGGCAAUAACACUAACAAUCGCGUUGAAAGUUUACACAGAUGGAUGAAACGAAAUUUGUCAAGAGGUAUUACGCUACAUAAAUGUAUGUGGGAGGUGUACCGCUGGAGUGACAGGAGGUUGCGGAGAAUUGAUGGCGAACGAGAUGUGAACAUAAGAGUGCUGGACAACAGGAUACCUAGUUUGCAACCCUUACUGUCGAAAUUAACAGAGUAUGCCGGAAAAAAGGUUGUUGCAGAUUUCAGAAGAGUAAGAAGGGCCCGCAUUGAAAACCGUAUUUCUCACAACGUAUUUUUCGUCGACGGAUUCACACACCCAAUAGUUGAUAUGGCAAGAGGUACAUGUACUUGCAGGGUGUUCACCACCUGCAAGUAUCCUUGUCGUCAUAUGGUAAUCGCUCAUCUGACUUAUCCCCAUUUUGAAGGUAAGUGAGACGCACAUUGAUCUUACAAUACAGUUGAUCGCGUUCUGAAGAAUUGUCGACGAUGGAUGCUUGCUAACAGAAAUCCACUACCCGUAUUAACUGCUGCACCGGUAACACGAAACAGUGACAUUGAAAACUAUCAAAAGUUGAAGCGGAAGUUUUGUAGAUUUCUUGACGAACGCGUAAAUGCAGGUUAUGUAGAAAAAGCAACUGCCUAUUUAUUGUCUUCGUAUAACCGGUUAAAGGAAGGAAAGGAGGAUGUAUGAGACAUCAGUGAGAACGCGGAAUGGCCCUCUUUAGGGCCACCAAAUACUGAUUUCAUUGACUUCAUCAGUUUCACUUUAAAUUAUGAAAUCGGAUAAGUAGGGUAGGAAGAAAUUAAUCCGCAAUCUCAGUAAUGAUUGUGAAGAUGGUUUCCGAGUAAUUGUGAAUAGUGAAUCUGUUGUGGAGAUAGGAUAUACAUUUUUUACCGAA